AUGGGCGACAACAACAAGGAUCUGGAAGAUCUUGCAAAGUCCACCACUGAGGACUUCUACGAGUUGCUUGGUGUGGCCUUCGAUGCGCCGGAAGCUACGAUCAAGAAGGCUUACCGUAAGGCCUCAAUACGAUACCAUCCCGACAAGAACCCCGACAAUAAAGAUGCCGCCGACCGCUUCAUUUACCUCGGAUGGGCACGCGAUAUCCUCAUCGAUGAGAAACUCAAGGGCGAAUAUGACCGUGCGCGUACUAGGCGACGGGAGAAGGCGCUGCAGGAUGAGCUAUUGGAUGGCCGGCGGCGCAAGAUGAAGGAUGACUUGGAGAGAAGAGAACGAGAGGUGCCCAACCUGAAGAGGAAGAGGGCAGAACAGAUGAACGAGGCAGAGAGGAGGGAGCAAGAGAUACAAAGACUAGCCGAAGAUGGUAAGAGGCGGAGAAAGGAACUCCAGGAACGUAGAGAAAGGGAACGCAAAGAAGAGGCUGAGGCGAGCUUCAUGGAUGUCGAAAAGAGCCCCGAGCCGCAAGCGCCCAAGCCCGGAGAGUCGGCCGAGAUCGAUCGCACAGUCAAAGUCCAGUUCCAGCGAGAAGGCGAGACUGCAGCUUGGGACAAGGAUAAGAUAUCGAGCAUGUUUGCGAAAUACGGCAAGAUUGACAUUGUAAUCAUGGGCAAAGACAAGAAGAUUCGACCUUCAGGAGAAAAGCAUCGCAAGACCAUCGCUAUUGUGUUCAUCACGUACACGCGUCUUGACCAUGCGCAUGCCGCUGUCUUGGACGGGAAGUCCGACUACCCGUCAUUGGAAUCUAUAUCUUGGGUGAAUGGCGAACCUGACCUCAAAUCGCAAACCACCAAUGAUGUGCCACCAGCACCGUCAACGCCCCUAUCCACGCCGAAGAGCAAGUCUUUCAGAACAUCGUUCGGACCUGGUAUAGGGAAGGGUGUAGGAGGCACGCCAUCAGGAACACCAAAAUUUUCUUUUAGUCCGAAGACGCCAAGCUUAGAAGAGAUCACCAUGAUGAGAUUGAGGCAAGCAGAAAAGAAACGAUUGGAGGAGCAGAUACGCAAGCAGGAGGCUGCUGAGGAAGCCGCACUAUGA